UUGGUGACCGUUGGCCCCACUCCCCUCCUCGGGCCGGCGCCGCGGGGGGAGCCCGGCCGCCCCCUCCCAGCCGUGGGCCCCGCGGGGAGCGCCUCGUCCCGGCGGGGCUCGGCUCGGGCAGCCCCGUCCGGGGGAGCGUCCCCUGCCCGGGAGCGCGGCCCGGGGUCCGGCCACGGCUGGGGAGCGGCGGGGCCCGGACCUCAGGCCGGGGGAGCGAAAGCGGAGCCGGCGACGCAGGAACCCGGCUGGCUGCGGUGUCCUCUGUGCGCAGAAGCUGAACUGGUAUGGAUGUGUAAAUAUUUUCCCGUCUUUGGUGACAAAGCUGCUGUAAUAUGAGAGUCUGAAAAUAGCAUUGAGAAAAACGACAAAAUGAGUAGUCGUCGAAAGCGUGCACCUCCAUCAAAAAUAGAUGAUGUGAAGAAAAAACAGCUCUGCUGGAAUAUGCAUGAAGACCGGAGAAAUGAGGUGAUAACAUUAGAUGAUGAAAUGACCAAUGAGGAUGAUGUUCCAGGCCCAAGCACUUCCUCUUCGUCCUUCAUUGUUAUAAAUGAUGAUAGCACUGAUGAGGAUCUCAGUCAAAAAGAAGACACUGGUUCAAAGUCGGUUAAGUUUUUUACUGUUAACGAUGAAGAAGACUCUUAUUCCACCUUGACUCCUGUGUCGGUACAGCUAAAUAUUACCAUCCUGCCAUACCGUGCAGAUGGGUCCUGGAAAGCUUUGUUGGGAGAAUUUGCUCUUUGUCAUCCUUCUGAGCAAAUUCUAGCUGAGGAAUUCCAUGAAAGGGGCUUUACUUUGAUGAGAGGAGACUCUGACGAUCACCUGCAGGUCUGCGUCCAUAAAAGAAGCGAAGAAGAGUACAGUAAUGAAGCAAAAGAAUACCUGGGUGCUUAUGAACAAAUUAUUAUGGUGGAACCAACUUUAGGUGGUGAAAUAUUGGAAGGCUUGAGAUGGUUGCAAAAGAAGAAGAUAAUUGGCCUUUAUCAAAGACCUGCAGAGGCUCAAGCUUUAAAGGUUGGAAUUUACCUUCUGGAAGCUGGGCUUAGUAAACCCGAUUUUCUCAGUGAUGGAGGUGGAAGACCCAAAAAAGCUAAUCAGCUGAUUCAAAAACUCAUGGAAAAGUUCUAUAGUUUUAUAAUUCCAGAUGUGCUGGAGGAAGAUGAAGAAGAAUCUGACAUGGAACUCGAGCGCCAAAAUAUCGAAGAGCUUUACGACUUUGUAAGGCAUACCCAUCAGCAGGAUAUCCAAUUGCUGAGAGAGGAUGUGCAGCAUCCUGCCUUAAUUCCCAUUCUGAGGCCAUACCAAAGCGAGGCUGUGAAUUGGAUGCUUCACCGAGAGAACUUCACAGGCACUCCAAGCAGUGAAAAUGCGCUGCACUUCUUAUGGCGAGAGGUCAUCACUCUGGAUGGAGUGAAAAUCUACUAUAAUCCAUUUACUGGCUGUAUUAUCCGUGAAUAUCCAUGUGCUGGACCUCAGUGGCCUGGAGGUAUUUUGGCAGAUGAGAUGGGUCUUGGAAAAACAGUAGAAGUGUUGGCUCUUAUUCUGACUCACACCCGACAAGACAUUAAGCAAGAUGAUCUGACAUUACCUGAGGGUAAGCUUGUGAACUUCUUUGUUCCACCUCAACCUUUAGAAGGAAAUAAAAAGAAAAAAACAAGGGAAAUGGAGCUGAAAUUGAAAGAAAAAAUACAAUAUCCCAGCUUACGAGUGAUGGUAUUAGCAGCUGUAAAGGAGAUGAAUGUGAAGAAAGGAGCAUCCAUUAUUGCAAUAUUUAAGUAUAUCAGUGCUGUCUAUAGGUAUGACAUACAGAGAAAUAAACGUCUUCUCAAAAGAACUCUAGAAAAACUGAUUGCAGAACAAGUAGUGGAACAAGUCAAAGGACAUGGUCUGGCUGGGUCUUUCAAGCUAGGAAAGAAUUACAAGGAACAGAAGAGACGAGAGAGAACCAAAGAACAGAUAGCAAGGACUUCAGGAAGGAUUCAGAAGAAGCAGUUGACUGAUGCUAAUACUCAAACCAAAGAAUCAAAAAAUAGUGAUGUCACUUCUGAAAAUGUCCUUAAAAUCCCUUUACGAGUAGAUAUCGCCACAGAAGAACAUGAUUAUUGUGCAACUAGGAAAAACAGCCAGAAAUCUGAAGUAGAUCACGAGAACUCUGUCAAAGAGAGUGAUGUUCAGCAGGAAGCUGUGGUCCCAAAGUCUCUUGACUUGCAUGGCAGCCUCGUUGUUUCCAGUGAUAUUAGCAGUCAUCCUGAUCGUGAUGUUUCUAAAAGUAAAGCUGAAGUCAAACAGGAAAUUCCAAAGGACCAAUCCUCACAUUCCCAAGAACAUGCCAGCAGUAGUGUGCAGCAUGCAAGUUCUGUAUUUCCAUUUAAUACCUCUGAAUAUCGUUUUGAAUGCAUCUGUGGUGAGCUUGGAUUGGUUGACUAUAAAGCUCGUGUGCAGUGCCUGAAGUGUUCUUUAUGGCAGCAUGCGGAAUGUGUAAACUACAAAGAGGAAAACUUGAAGAUCAAGCCCUUUUACUGUCCCCACUGCCUUGUGGCAAUGAAACCAGUUUCCACAGGAGCAACUCUGAUAAUUUCUCCAAGUUCUAUUUGUCAUCAGUGGGUAGAUGAGAUCAACAGGCAUGUGAGAUCAUCAUCUCUUCGAGUUCUGGUGUAUCAAGGUGUGAAGAAGCAUGGCUUUUUGCAGCCGCACAUGCUGGCAGAGCAGGAGGUGGUUAUCACCACAUACGAUGUCCUCCGCACUGAACUGAACUAUGUAGACAUACCCCACAGCAACAGCGAAGAUGGGCGCCGUUUCAGGAACCAGAAGCGGUACAUGGCCAUCCCGAGCCCCUUAGUAGCAGUGGAGUGGUGGAGGAUCUGCCUUGAUGAAGCACAAAUGGUUGAAUGUACUACUGCAAAGGCUGCUGAAAUGGCACUCCGUUUAAGUGGAAUCAAUCGCUGGUGUGUCAGUGGCACUCCUGUGCAGCGAGGAUUAGAAGAUCUGUAUGGAUUGGUUCUUUUUCUUGGAAUUGAUCCUUACUGGGUCAAACAUUGGUGGGACCAGCUUUUAUAUCGACCUUAUUGUAGGAAAAAUCCCCGUCCUCUGUACGGUUUAAUUGCCAAGAUAAUGUGGAGAUCAGCAAAGAAAGAUGUGAUUGACCAAAUUCAAAUUCCGCCUCAGACAGAAAACGUACACUGGCUUCACUUUUCUCCUGUGGAGAGACACUUCUAUCAUCGCCAGCACGAGGUGUGCUGCCAGGAUGCAUUGGCAAAACUCAGGAAGAUUUCAGAUUGGACUCUUAAGCUUAGCAGCCUAGAUAGAAGGACCGUGACAUCCAUUCUGUACCCUUUGCUGCGGCUGAGGCAGGCCUGCUGUCAUCCGCAAGCUGUUCGGGGAGAGUUCUUGCCAUUACAGAAAAGCACCAUGACCAUGGAAGAACUGCUAACAUCUCUGCAGAAGAAAUGUAGAACAGAGUGUGAGGAAGCUCACCGUCAGUUGGUGUGUGCUCUUAAUGGCUUAGCUGGUAUCCAUAUCAUUAAAGGAGAAUAUGCAUUGGCUGCAGAACUGUACAGAGAAGUGUUACGUUCUUCUGAAGAGCACAAAGAAAAGCUCAAAACAGAUUCCUUGCAAAGACUUCAUUCUACACACAAUUUGAUGGAAUUGUUGGCAAAGCACACAGGAAUUCCUCCAACUUUGCGUGAUAGCCGACUUGCAGAAGAGGCAGAACAACUUCGACAGCAUUAUAUGAGUAAAUCGAAUGCAGAAGUUGCAGAAGCCCAUCAGGCUUUACAGCCAGUUUUCCAGACCAUUCGGGAGCUCCAGAGAAAGAUACAUUCUGGUUCUCCUUGGUGGUUGGAUGUCAUCCAGACUGCAAUACAGUAUGCCAUUGAUGAGGAACUUGUUCAACGUGUGCAGAAUGAAAUAACCAGCAACUACAAACAGCAGACAAGUAAACUCUCCAUGGCAGAGAAAUUCCGUGACUGCAGAGGCCUUCAAUACCUGCUCACAACCCAGCUGGAUGAAGUGAAGAAGUUUCAGAAGAUUGUAAGAGAAGCAGUGAAAAACUUAGAAGGCCCUCCCUCAAAGCAGGUUAUUGAGGCUGCCACUAUCUGCCACUUGCGACCUGUUAGACUUCCACUUAACAACUGUGUCUUUUGUAAGGCUGAUGAGCUGUUCACAGAAUAUGAGUCGAAACUCUUUUCUCAUACUGUUAAAGGCCAAAUGGCUAUAUUUGAAGAGAUGAUAGAAGAUGAAGAAGGGCUAGUUGAUGACCGUUUGCCCACCACAAGUAGAGGACUGUGGGCAACCAGUGAAACUGAGCGUGCCCUAAAAGCUAUUCUCUCCUUUGCUAAAGCUCACCGGAUGGAUGUUAAGCUAACUGAAGAAGGUAGCAUAUUUCUGGAACUCUUUGAAGCAUGGAAAAAGGAAUAUAAGUUACUUCAUGAAUAUUGGAUGGUGCUAAGGGAUCACGUGUCUGCUAUUGAUGAACUAGCAAUGGCUACAGAACGGCUGAGGGUGCGUCAUCCUGAUGAGCCAAAACCAAAUCCACCAGUUCUCCACAUCAUAGAGCCACAUGAGGUAGAGCAAAAUCGAGUGAAACUUCUGAAUGACAAGGCAGUUGCUAAAUCACAACUACAAAAGAAAUUAGGACAACUGUUGUAUCUCACUAAUCUGGAGAAAUCUCAGGAUAAAACGACUGGGGGAGUUAAUCCAGAACCGUGUCCGAUCUGUGCACGUCAACUGGGAAAACAGUGGGCAGUGCUGACAUGUGGACAUUGUUUUUGUAAUGAAUGUAUAGCUAUCAUCAUAGAACAGUACAGUGUCGGCACACGCCGGAGCUCGAUUAAAUGCGCCAUUUGCAGGCAGACAACAUCUCAUAAAGAAAUAUCAUAUGUCUUUACUGCAGAAACUGCAAAUCAGGAGGAUGAUAUUCCUGUAAAGGGGAGUCAUUCUACCAAAGUGGAAGCUGUGGUUCGAACGCUGAAGAGAAUACAAUUUAAAGAUCCAGGGGCUAAAUCCUUAGUUUUCUCAACGUGGCAAGAUGUAUUGGACAUAAUUUCAAAAGCUUUGUAUGACAACAAUAUGACUUUUUCUCAAAUCAAUGGAAUUAGUAAGUUUCAGGAAAAUCUCUCUGCAUUUAAAUACGAUCCCAAGAUCAAUAUUUUGCUGCUGCCCCUUCAUACUGGUUCCAAUGGACUAAACAUAAUCGAAGCGACUCAUGUUCUGCUUGUGGAACCCAUUCUGAAUCCUGCACAUGAGCUUCAAGCCAUUGGCAGAGUACAUCGUAUUGGCCAGACAAAAUCUACAAUUGUUCAUAGAUUCCUGAUAAAAGCAACAAUAGAAGAAAGAAUGCAGACUAUGCUGAAAACUGUAGAUAGAAGCCACACAAGCUCUUCCAUGAAACAGUCAGAAGCUUCAGUUCUGACAGUGGCAGAUUUGGCUGACCUUUUUACAGAGGAAACUGAAGAACUUGAGUAAAAACAUUGAUUUGACCUCGUGAUAUCAGAAAGUACCUGAUCUAAUAAGCACCUGUAUAUAGUCCACUUGAUCUGUCAUUCAUUUAAACACCAUCUAACGUGUCCUUAAUAGAGCUAUCAGAAAUAGAAAAGUCUUCUAAUUGUUAACAUUUUAUUCUGUGGUGACAUUCUUAGCAGCACACAUUUCUGAUAGCACUGGAGAAAACUUGCACUUUGCACAUUAAACAAAAAUCUGGAUUUUAUUUCCAAAGAACAUUUGAGCUGGAUGUUGAAACUGAGAUCUUGAACUGCUGGAUUUUUACCGUCAGGUUGGAUUGGUUGGUGAUUCAGUAUGAGAGCAAAACUAUGUGGGUGGUGGGGUGGGAAAGGGAAGCAGAAAAACACAAAUCUACUUUUUUUUACUGUACAAAGAAUUGUUAGGAAGAAUGACUAUAAAUUAAUAUUCUUCUAGAAAGGGCUUCUAGGGUUGUUAGCAUUUAAUGCCAAGUUACUGAAUGUCUUACUGGUAACACUUUAAUCUUUAUUAAUCAUUUGGAUAUUUGUAUUAGGCUUUUAGAUAUUCAUAAAGACUUGUGUGACAAUUAAAUUUCAUUGUUAAUGCUCACUCACUACAAAAUGAUAAAUUAAAUUAUGCUUUUUGUAUGUGUGUUGGUCUGGAACUCCGUUAAACACUUGAACAUAAUGUACAUGUUUUUCACUUACUAUUAAAACCAUGACUACUUUAGUGCUU